AUGUUUAAAUGGAACACAAAUAAUGUCAUUAAUGCAACUGGCGGAACAAAUAUAAAUGGUUGUAAUUGGAUACAUAGCUCAAAUAUUUCAACGGACACAAGAAGCAUAAAGAAAGGUGAUUUAUUUAUUGCCCUCAAGGGAAAGAAUUUUGAUGGCCAUAAUUUUUUGCAUGAAACUCCAAAAAACUGCUAGUACUUAAUCCUUGAAAUGGGAAUGAAUAAAGUUGGUGAAAUAAAAGAAUUAUCAAAGAUUAGUAAUCCGAAUAUUGCAGUUAUUACCAACAUCAAAUCUGCACAUACUGAAAAAUUUUUAUCAUUAUUUGACGUUGCACAAGCGAAGUUAGAAAUUUUGUAUGGUACGAAAAAUAACAGUACUUUAGUCUUGAACAGAGGUAAUAAAUAUUAUGAUUAUCUCUCAUCACGCGCCAAUAGAAAUGUAAUAAGCCUCGGUAAAGAUAAAAAUGCUGAAGUUUGCUUAUUAGACAUAAUAAGAAACGAUGACGGGUUAAAUUUAAGAAUAAGACUAAAUAAUAAUCAAACUAUAAACUGUAAUUUACGUGUGCAAGUUGAGCAUUUUGCUUGUUCGCUACUUGCUGUUGCAGCAGUUGUGAAAAGCCUCGGACUUAAUUUAUCAAAAUUACCACUUGCACUUAAGAAUUUUAGUGUAACGAAAAGUAGAGGCAAUAUUUAUAAGGUCAAAUACAAUAGAAAAUACAUAUAUACAUUAAUUGAUGACUCCUAUAACGCCAGCCAUGUUUCGAUAAAAACUGCAAUAAAAACUUUGAGUACAUAUUCUACUCAAAGAAAAAUGGCUUUGCUUAGUGAUAUAUUGGAACUUGGUGAUAAAAGCAUAGAAUUUCAUACAAAUUUGGUUAAGAUUGUCACAGAAAAUAAUAUAGAUAAAAUUUAUACAGUUGGUAAAAUGUUAGAAUUGCAUGAGAUUUUGCCAGAUAAUAUAAGAGGUGCGCAUUUUAAUGAUUCUAAUCAAUUGAAAAGUGAUUUAGCUAACAUUAUUCAGAAUAAUGACGCAAUUCUAGUUAAAGGCUCACGAGGAAUGAAAAUGGAUCUUAUUGUACGGGAAUUCAUAAUAGAAUAUUAA